UCUUCGAAAGAUUCUGAUUUGAAGAUGCUGACAGUGGUGGAAUAUGAACGUUAAAACUUGGUAUAGGAGCAUUGUAUGUCUCCGUUGAUAACUAUGGAUUGAUUUAAUGCUUUAUGUUUUAAUCGUGUUCGGUCGUAACGUCUCCGGCGGAACUGACUGCAGAUCAGAUCAGCUGGGUUAGCUUUACCCGGGAGCCUUGAAUCUUGUGUUUGGAGCAACAGACUAAAGUUAGAGAUGGACUGAAGAUGAAACAGUUUGGAGCAGAAACCAUGGACUCCAGUGGCUUUGUGGGUGACUUUCUGUCUCCUGAGUCAACAGUGACCUCCCUGCUGUCGAGGUCAGGUCACCUGAGGAGCAGCCUGCUGCCUCCUCAACACAACGCCUCCUUCACAUACAGAGACAAGAACUAUGAGUCAGCCUCGGCAGCGUUGGACGCCUACAUCACAGACUUUGAGAGGAGUCAUCAGAAAAGAGAGUCAUUGACAGGAAAGUUGGUUCUACCACAGAGUCUGCCGCCCACGCCCAACAGACCCAGAGUGAGCACGCUCAGAAACAAAGACGUCCUCAGGGAGCGCUUGACCGACAGGGAACUGGACUUCCUGAACCUCCCGGUCAGCUCACUCCAUCACCGUGGCAACCGAGACAGACUCUCCAUGACAACAGAUGAGCUGCUGUCUAUCCCUUAUGAUGGAUCGAUGCCCAUCACUCACACCUCAGCCUUCAUCCAAGGUCUCCUGUCCCAGUCUGGAAGCUGUCAGCCCUGCUCCUCUUCUUCCAGACCAGCACAUGGAGCUUGGGACAGACUCAGCAGCAGGAACACUGCGCCCCAACUGAACCACCAGCCUCCUAAUCCAAGCAGGACGCCCAGGAGCUCCAGGUACAGAGGAACACCCGGGGCAGCCAUGUUGGAUCCAGAUGUUGACAUCUCCUCAGUCGGUUGCAACAGACAGUCAGCACACAGAGCAGCCAGGUCAGAUUGGGCAGAUCCUUCUUCGUCCCUCCACCUCCCUCGCUGGUUCACCAGUAACAGGUCUGACAUGGACUGUUCUGGGAUCACCAGCGUGCCAGACCUGAAGUACCCCGCCUGGAUCCAGCGCUGUGAUCUCAGCGAGCCGCAGCCAGAGCUGUGGGAAGACCACGCUGCAGCUCUCAGAUGUGGAGCUCCAUCCUGGGUAGCAGAGCUGGAGGAUGAUGAUCCCCACCAGACAUCUGCACAGGUUGACAGCCAGCAGACGCUCAGAGAGCUCCGGCUUCAGUUUUCUGAACAGAUUUCUCUCCUGGCUGCAGAGAGAAACAGCUCUGAUAUCGUGGAAACUCAGUUCAGAGACCACAGGAUUGAGUCUCUGAUCCAGAAGGCGGACCAGGUCUUGAACCGUCUGUCUCAGAGUUCUGGAGGAGGUCAGAGUCCUGUAGGUCCAGCCAGUCUUACUGAUCGUUUCGAAGAAGCCGUCAGUACAGUGAGCACCGAGGAGCUGCUGCUGCGUUCUUCCUCACACUGUCGUCCAUUCACUCGGGACCUGGCAGCAGCAGCAGCAGCAGCAGGUAGCUUCACAGAGGUUCUGAGUGACAGAGGAGCUCAGGCUCAGGGCUCGUGUCUCCAGCAGCCCGGUCCAGUGGAGGCUCUGAAACAGAUGCUGUUCAGGCUGCAGGCGGUGGAGGCGGAGCUUCAGCGACGGCAGCAGGCGUCAGGAGCUGCACCUUCAGCUGACGGGAGGCAAACAGAGGAAGCUCCAGUCAAGCAGAGUCCUGAAGGUGAAGCAGAGCUGGAGAGUUUUUCAGGUGGACCCUCAUUACAGAGAGCGAUGCAUCACCUGAGCCGUCUGAAGGUGCUGGUGGAAGAACCCAGAGAGAAACACACAGAGGAAGAAGCGAAGGAUGAGGAUGAAGGACACUACUCGUCCUCGUCUGCUGAUGGACUCGUCUGCAAUCAGCAGAAACUCUCCUGAAGCUGCAGGCCUGUUCACCACAGCAAGGGACUCACUGUCACAUCCAGGAGACAGCACAUCAUUCUGCUCUGGAUGUGUAUUUGAGAUGAAAAGGUGCAAUUUCUCUAAACGCCAACACAGUACGGAGCCCACACCAUGGAGUAAGUGUUACAAUGAAGGCAAAAAACUGAAAUUAGCUAAAGUUGUCUGUAGUGACCUGAUUGCUACUCGAAAAAGAUGCCACUAGUAUGAUGAGGUCAUGUUUAUAGUGUUUUACGAGCACAAAUGAAAUGUCCAGUUUCCGUAUAUCAAUUAACUCAGUUUAUUGUAAUGUUUCCAAACAAAGGUAUACUUUGUUCUUAAACAAAUAAAGUUAUAUUUCCAACUUAUACAUCAUAUUUCUGCGGUCAAAAAACUGUGUGCCUCUCGGGCAUCUCACAACAAUCAGUCAUACAGCGGUGCCUUAUAUUAACUCAUGACAUCAGAACCCAUAAUGAGCUCUCUUCUCCACCCGGUGGAAGGAGGCACAAACAAACAAAUAAACAAUCAAAGCAAAAUGGUUCUUACAAUUGUUCAUUAAGUGAACAUUUUGUAAUAAUAUCAAACAACUUCCCAAAAGCUCAGAGUUAGAUGAGUUUCAACAGCUCUAUGCUAAGCCAUUAAAUGAACUCAUUUUUUAAACUGCAACAUGGAAAUCAGAUAGCUACAGAGAUAUAAAAGGGAUUAGUUUGGGAUUUGGACAUUAAGUUGUAUGAAAUAUGCAGAGCUAUUGGCUUACUUUUUGAGCUUUUUACACCACUCAUUCCACCACAAAACAACGAUCCUCCUGCAUAUCAGGAACCAGUUUUCGGUGGGGUCACGGUGGCGCAGUUGGUAGCGCUCUCGCCUCACAGCUAGAAGGUCCUGUGUUCGAUUCCCGCCAGGACGCUGUGGGCGUUGGAGGCAUGUCCCCAGCUCCAUGUGUCCGGUGUCCGUAGCGCUGGUCGGUGUCGGCAAAAGGGCCUUCUGUGUCGGUCGGGGCGCCUGAUCCACAUGUAUCAGAGGAAGCAUCCAGUUCAGGGCUCUCCCCAGACCAACAGGGAAGAACGCCCAGGAUCACGAUAGGAAAAACUGGGUGAUGAAUAAAAUGGGUUACAAAAAAUCGUGGGAUAAAAAAAUUUGAAAAAAAAAAGAAACCAGUUUCACCACCGGCUGACCCUGCCGGAACUAUCUAUUCUACAAUCAGGACCGGCUUACACUCUGCACUCUACACUACUCGAAAGUAUUUCAUACAACUUAAUUUCCAAGUCACCUGCUUCCAGUCUUUGUGCCAAACACAUAACAGGGAUAAGCUUUAUUCUUAUCUAGUUAUGUGGAAGAAAGAAAUAGUGAGUACAGUGAGUUUUUUAAGUAGCAGAUGAGAAUGAAGUUCUGCUACAAUGUUAAUGCCCAGCAGUCCGAACCUGCUGCAAGCGUCUGCUUAUUGUUCGAACAUAGGUCGGUAUGUGAAUGUGCCAAAAUGAGAUGAGAUGUCCAGUUGUCUGUUACUGCACUGAAAUUCAAGCAAACAUGCAAUACAGGUACAUCUCAAUAAAUUAGAAUAUCAUAGAAAAGUUUAUUUAUGUCAGUAAUUCAAUUCAAAAAGUAGAAAUAACACUUUAUAUAGAUCCAUUACACACAGAAUGAAACAUUUCAUGUCCUAAUAUAUUUAAUUCAGUGUCUCAAAGAAAAGUAAUAUUCCAAAAGACCAAUUUUAAUAAGUAUGUUUAACCCAUUUAGGCCUAAAACACGCCUGGAAAAAAACGCCUGGAAAACCUAUGGGCCAUUUUAAAAUAACCCCCGAAAACCUGAAGUUUUUCUGGAAAUUCAACAGAAGUGUUAACGCUUCCUUCUAAAUAAUAGAUUUUUCAGCCUCUGUAGCAUAUAGAAAUGAAAUUCAAAAAGUAUUUGAGAGCUUAUAGCUGUUAUAUCUGAGCUCCCUCCGCUAUAGUCGUCUUCCGCCAUGAUUUCAGUUCUGGAAAAGUCCCAUGUUGCAUUGCGACACUCCCACAUGUAUUCUGAUGCAUUUCAUUGGCCAAGAGACCAAAAAUAGGUGGAAAAAAACUACAAAUACUACAAAACGACGUAUUCGCUUUCCCGGCUUUAAUGGUAGAAAUGUGGUAAUGCUUUCCCGCCUUAAAUGGCCUCUGAAAAGUAUGUCCAUCUAUAUGACUCAAUACUUGGUUGGGGCUGUUUGACUUGAACUGCUGGAAAUGAACUUUUCUAUGAUAUUCUAAUGUAUUGAGAUGCACCAGUAUACUAAACCUAACCUGCUUUAUUUAUAAUGCUAAAUGUUACAUGCUCAAGUUCAGCAUAUCCCCACUCUAAAAACCUAAAUGUUACAUCACAUGCAUAUAUUUAUUAAGGCAAAGUUCUCUAUGUAACACUGAUGUAAUGUAAUAAGAUGAUUUUUGUAAAUGUAAAAAAUGCUUAGGGAAAUGUAGUUAUUGUCCUGGUGCCAAUAUUUAAAGUUUACAAACAGUACCCAGGCCUACUGCUUAGCACAUUAUCACUCCGCUUUUAGCUCAAAGCAGAGCUGGGACGGAGCACAGAUUAGUAGUGAUGUG